AGCUCCUGGCUUCCCCCCCCAGAAUCUUUCCCCUCCCUCCCUCUGCUCCUCGAAGACCACAACCUCCCACCUCCUCUCCUCCUCUUCCCUUCUUCCCCUCCCAUCCCAUCAGCUUCCAUCAACAGCUUUCCCAUCGGCUCAACCUUGCCACCAAGCCAUCGUCGUCGUCGCCCGCACCGUCCGGGACAGACACGCAGACUCGUCGAGGCCAUCCAGAGCCUCUGACCUGAACAAAAAAACACACAGCCUUUCCAUGACUAGGAUACCACCACCAAUGACCAACUUCGCGACCGAAUCCACCGCAGUCACACUUUAAACCCCACGGGAGCGCGUGCGAGCGAGGAGCUAGGAGUCGAGAGCGAGAUUUGAGAUCCAGACGAUAUUCAACCAUCGUGCUGUCCUGAGGACCAGACCCUCGGCCACAAGUCGCACAUCGCCGCGUUGCUGCUGCACACUGCUUCCCCCAAGCGCAGCCACCCGCGAUACCAGACACCACCGACACAAGGCCAUCAAGAUGCCCGGCGCAAGCGUCGCAGUCCUCCCGCCACCGGCGGCCUCGACUUCAUCCUCGCGGAAGGCAUCUCUCGCACCAGAACGCAAGUACAAGUGCCAGUUCUGCAACAGAGCCUUCAGCCGGAGCGAACACCGAAGCCGACAUGAACGAUCCCGUACGUAACCUCUGUUCUAGAGCGCGCGAGCGCCUGUCCCCGUCCUCAUCGAUGCUUUCGACGCGUCGUAGCAUUUGACCGCCUAUUUUCCGUGUUCCGAACCUAUUUCUCUCUCCCCAUCACCCGACGUCCCCUUGCCUGCCUCCGCAAACAUGCUGACCCAGUCGCAGACACCAAAGAGCGCCCAUUCAAGUGCAUGAAGUGUAGAAGCACGUUUGUCCGUCGCGACCUUCUUCUCCGACACGACAGGACGGUUCAUGCCAAAGAUGGAGGCGUUCCUCUGCACAGCGACGGCAAGCGCCGUGCCGGCGGUCCCAAGACGCGUACCAUCGGCGGCCCCUCCAAGGCUUCCUUGCCUCUGGAUACGUCCACUUUGGAGCAAAUGGAGGCUGGCAGCGACGGCAUCUUCGACGUAGAAGCUGCCGCGAUGCUUGUCGCCGACCUGCACCACAAGGCAACGGCCGCCAUGCGUGCCGAUGAUGGAACUUACGACGACAGCGCUUCCAUGGCGUACUCGCCGCGGAGUUCUUCCAUCGUGGAAUCGACUGUUACGUACCCGUCGGGAGCCAUUGCCCUGCCUCAGAUGCAGUGGGAUGGCUUCAUGCCUGCCGAGCCCAAGGCGCACUCGAUCUCAUCUAGCGCCUCUGGAUCUUUCGACUCGCAUCAGUCGUUCGCAAGUGGCAGCACCGUCCAGCCGAAUGCCCAUCAGCUUCCUUCGAUUGUGGGCCAAAACGCCAACGGCCUGGUUCCAGCUUUACAGACAAUGAUCAACUCGCUACCAAACUCGGGUGCAGGAACCCCCGUCCCGCAUAGUCCCUCAGAUGCCUCUCACGCCGGAGUCAGGCCCCCUCAAGUCAGCGGCGACGAGGAACGCAACGCGAUCCUGGACACGAUCCGCAGCUACGAUCGGGAACACGCCAUUCCCGAUGGCUUCCGGCUGCCUGGCCUAGGCUCGCUGAACCGAUAUCUGUCAACGUAUUUUGGCAUGUUUCACCAUCACCUACCGUUUUUGCACCCCACUUCGUUCUCCGCCUCACAGAUGUCGCCUCCGCUGUUGCUCGCGGUGCUGAGUAUUGGCGCGUUGUACGCUUUCGACCAAGAUCAGGCCUACAUGCUCCACAUCGGAUCCAAGGUUCUCGUCAACCAGUUCCUGCAAAACAAGGAGAACUUCAGCUCACGAAAGUGUCCUCUAUGGACCAUGCAGAGCUCCCUGCUCAACAUGAUCUUCGCCAGUUGGAGCGGUGACCCCAAGGGGCUGGAGUGGGCAUGUUCGAUCAAGAGCCUGCUCGCCAACAUGGUGGCCGGCAACAGGUACGAGCUGAAGCUUCGUCAGGAGGCCCGAGGCACGUCGCAGCCCACGCGCGCGGAGUGGGUCGAAGACGAGGGCUGCCGCCGUACCUAUUACGCGGUGUACAUCUUCUUCGGCCUGCUCACGCUGACAUACAACCACACUCCGGCCAUUAGCUUCAACGAGUUCGAGGACCUGCAGCUGCCCUCGACGGAAGGCCUGUGGAACCUGCAGGUGGCAGACGACGCGGUGUGGAGGGAGCAUCUCGGCUCGUCCCCGGCUGUGACCUUCAUGGAGGCGCACGAUAACCUCUUCCAGGGCGAGGGGCUGCGAUACAGUGCGUUCGCGACGCGUGUCAUGAUCAACGCCCUGUUCCUCGAGGUCUGGUAUCACAAGCGAAGCCCUGAGGCGCUCCAGGACGUGGUGACCGAGUACAAGCUCCGUCUCGCCCUCGAGACGUGGGAAAAGUCACUGGACAUGUGCGAGCCCGAGUCCGUGGCUGUCCCGCUCAGCGCUCCGCACAAGGGCCACCACCCACUAAUUUUCAACGCCAAGGCCAUGUAUCGCAACGCGCGAGCACGGCUCGAGGUGGACCUCAAGAGCGUGCAGGAGGCACUGCGAUACCACGACCCAUACGAGGUGGCGGCGGCCAUGUCCCAUGCUCGGGAUCGCGUAAAGCGCUCGAGCGAGAUGAUCACGGUCAUUCAGGAAUGCUACAACUGCAUCGAGACGGCCGUGGUCCAGGGCAUCAGGUGGGUCGCCCGCACCUCGCCGACGAGCUGGAGUGUCGAGCACCCCCUUUGCGGCAUGGACCUCAUGAUCAUCCUGUCGCUGUGGCUCUAUCGCCUGGAACAUGACGAAGAGCCCGCAACGGUGGAGGAGGUGGACAUGUACAACAAGGUUCGACAGCUCUUCAAGAAGGAGCUGAACGACGGCUACACGACUCAGCUUAGCUCCGUUGUUGCCCGGCUCUGGGGCUCCAUGCUGGACGAAGUUGUGGUCUGGGGAAUCACACGCCUGAUGGGCGAGUCUUUCAAGCUGCACUCGCAGGCUCUCGUCGGUUACGUCGACGACCCCGAAGCUUCCUCAAACGUGUCGACACCCUCGAUGAUUUCGCAGGGUGCCGACGAGGACAGCGUGUAUUAAUCAACACGAGAUGACUGAAACGACUUGUGCUUUUUUUUGUAAUUUUUUUCCUUGCGUCACCGGGGAGCAUGGCACGUCUCCGCCGCUUUCCUUGGCAUAUACCUCUCUAUUUGCUGCGUUUUGCCACCCAACCAUCGCCUUGUAAGGGUAACCACUUUCAGGCGAGGUGGCCUCGGGGCUGGCGUUGGAACUGUUUGAUGGUUUACUUUCCUUGCGUAUUCUCUAGGGCUUUUGGUCCAUCAUCUCCUUUCGGCUACCUGAGGCAGAGCAGGUUUGUCGCGUCGCGCUGGUUUUGCUGUGGGCUUGCUUUGGUUCGCAUGGCCGCCAUUGUUCCUGCUUCUCGGCGUGAGUAUCGGGACGGGGCUGGUGGCAGCGAUAAUUGGGGAAACUGGCGGCGAGGUUGGAAAGCGGGUUGGGAGGGACGGGCACGCAUAUAUUUCAGGGCCUCGGCAGGGGAAAUUGGAUGUUCAACGACAGAGCGGCAGCGCGAGCUGAUGGACUGACUGCAGUACUGGCGGGUUGAUUGGCUGGUCCAUGACGGCGGUGCCGCUUGCUUCCCACUCCCUCUCCUUGUUUUGUUUGAUUACAAGCUGUUCUCUUUCUUUUUUCGCUUCUCGGUUCUUCCUAAUCUUGGCAGCGCUCUUGUUCACUUCUUUGCUCAUGUUGAUUCUUACUCAUCACCCAUGGCACUUGAUUCUGCUUUUCGACAACUCGCCUCACUGCUCUUGCACGUCACUUCUCAGAUACCUUGUUCGAUAUACAGAUUGUUGCAUUUGCUUUUUUUCCCCUCCCGUCUGAUUUCUUUUUGACUUGCGUCUUGUCAUUGGGUGGAUGCUUGCUUGCCAUGGGCGGGUGAAGGGAGGGCGUCGCGACCUCGCGGGCAGAUGGGCCACAGUCGGGUCUCGACUGCCGAGCCGGUCGCGCCUGGGCGAGGAGAACAGCCGGCUCGCUCGUGUAUAGAUAUUCAUCGUACUGUACUUGGGUACCACAAAUCAUAAUAGCGUCUCUGUCACAUGUCGGAUGGUUCGCGGUGAGCGUAUUUCGGCGAGAUGAGGAGGGAACGUGGCCUGCGACGG